UAUAUAAUACUGAAAACGAGUAUUCGCUGUACAGUUUAACAACAGUGGUGAAGUGAUACAAUUUAAAAAAAGUAACAAGUGGAAUACUAAGCAGGAUAAAAUGUUCAAACUUUUAAUUUUCGUAUUGGGAGUAUUCCUCAUGGCAGAAUCUUCUUGCCAACGAAUUAUUUUACCAACAUAUCGACCUCCUCCAAGGAAACCAGUUAUAAUACGCGCAAUAAGAGCAGCAGAUGACGAACCCCUUUGGCUGUAUAAGGACGACAACAUAAAUAGGGCACCGAGCACUGCGGACCAUCCUAUUUUGCCCAACAUCAUGGAUGACGUAAAGCUGGACCCAAAUAGAAGGUACGCACGCAGUUUGGAUUCACCCAGUGCCAAGCGUGGUGGUGGAACCCAUUCUACGUCAAGUGGAAGUCGAGACACGGGAUUUACUCACCCUGGACACAACCGUAGAAACGCAAGAAAUAUUAGGCUCCCUGAACUCCCUACUGUGAGGCCAUUUUUUCCAAAACCAACAUACCCAUUGCUGGAUUCACGCCCGUUUCCGAUUUACGCCCGAGUAUCUCGCGAUAUUCAGCUGGGUAAGAAACCCCCACAUCGUGACGUCAUAAUACCAAACUGGAAUCCCAACGUGCGCACUAACCCCUGGGACCGCUUUGGUGGCAAGAAUCGUCGUAACUAGUGGUGGAGUUAGCCGAAUCUCCAAAUCAGAGAUCUGUAAGAAAAUUUUACAUAUUGUGGGUAUGAGUAAUAGUCGAUGUUUUAACAUUUUAUUCAGGUACCUACCACCUACUAUAUAUUAUUCGGUACGAUAAUUAUUUGUAUGUAUUAUUCUCAUGUGAAGUGAAUUUGUAAUUCAUAAUGCGUAUAAAUAUCAUAAUCCUAAGUAUAUUCAAAAUUCUUACGAUUAACUCAAUUUUAUUACUUAUUAAAAGGUCUAAUAUUACCAACAA